GUUUCGCGAGCUAGUGUUUGCCGCCUCAGUUCCCGCGACCCCAACGUCCCAGAGGCGGGGCCGGAGUCAGCGGAGGCUCUCCUUGGAGUAACCUCGGUUCUGGCCCAACAAACAGACCUCAGUUCUUCAGAGGUUGCGUUCUUCAAGUCAGUUUCUGGGGAUAUGAUAUUUCUCUUCCAUUGCCACAGAACUGAAGAUUCCUCGAUGACUUCUUUAUAGACCUGGAUACUGAGGAUUCAAAAUUGAAUACAUCAUUUAUCAAAUGUUAUGGACCCUGUAUGUCCUCUUGCAAGACCCCAGAUGAAUACCAGGUUUCCUUCAAGCAAAAUGGUACCUUUCCACUUUCCUCCAUCAAAGCGUGCACUUUGGAACCCAAUGCCAAUUGGAGAUUUCAUCUACUUACAUCUCAAUUACUACAGAAAUCCAAAGCUUGUGGUGACUGAAAAGGCCCUCCGGCUUGCUUACCGUCAUGCUAAACAGAAUAAAAAAAAUGUGCCAUGCUUUUUACUUGGUUCUCUCACAGUAGAUGAAGAUGAAGAAGGUGUGACAUUGACAGUAGAUCGCUUUGACCCUGGUCGAGAAGUACCUGAAUGCUUAGAAAGAACCCCUACUGCUUCUCUUCCUGGGGACUUUGUGAUCCCUUGCAAAGUUCAUACUGAAGGACUUUGUUCAAGAGAAAUGAUAAUUCACGAUGUAGAUGACUUCAGUUCAACUUUUAAGGCCUUACAGCACCAUGUAUGUAGCAAAGAUUCCUUGGACUGUAGUAAGCUGCUUUUCCUAAGAGCUCAUAUUACUUCCAGGGAGAGUUUGGACAAUGUGGAUUUUGACUUGCACUGGGCAGCUGUAACUCUAGCAAAUAACUUUAAAUGUGCACCUGUGAAGCCCAUCCCCAUUAUUCCAACAGCUCUGGCAAGAAAUUUGAGCAGUAAUUGGAAUAUUUCUCAAGUUCAAGGGACUUAUAAAUAUGGAUAUCUUACCAUGGAUGAAACACGCAAAUUAUUACUUUUACUGGAAUCCGAUCCCAAGGUUUAUUCCCUACCAUUAGUGGGAAUUUGGCUGACUGGAAUUAUACAUAUCUAUAGUCCUCAGGUUUGGGCUUGCUGCUUGCGAUACAUGUUUAGUUCUUCUAUUCAAGAAAGGGUUUUUUCAGAAUCUGGAAAUUUUAUCAUAGUUCUUUAUUCUUUGACACAUAAGGAACCUGAGUUUUAUCAAUGCCUCUCUUGUGAUGAUAGAAUACCUGAGCUUCAGUUUCAGUUACUAACCAGCAAGGAAACAUUACAUCUUUUCAGUAAUGUUGAACCUUCUGACAAAAAUCCAAUCCAUUUUGAACUGAGUGCUGAGAGCCAAGAUAUAGAAGCAGAGUUUUUCAGCAAGUUUUCCAAGAAUCUUUCUGCUAAAAGUUCUUCCCUGAAAUUAUCUCCUGGAAAAAUACCAGUAAAUGAUCAUGACUCUGGUGUUGAAGAUGAAGAUUUUUCUCCAAGACCAAUUCCUAGUCCUCAUCCAGUGAGUCAGAAGAUUUCUAAGGUCCAACCAUCAGUUCCUGAACUUUCACUUGUGUUAGAUGGUAAUUUCAUAGAAUCAAAUCAUCUGUUGAAUCCAUUAGAAAUGAACACUGAAAAUCCUCCUUUGUUGAUAAAGCACUGUGAACACUUGAAGGCAAUGACACCUGAGCUUUCCGAUGAGAAACGCAGUCCAGAAGCCGAAGCCGCAGAGCCUUCCUUAAAAGGGAUAUCAAGUCAGUUUAACCAGGGCACUGUUCCUUUGAGGCACUGCAAAGUAAGACAGCCAUCUACCUGUAAGAAAGGGAACCCUCAUUUCAGGAACAAGAGUGUUAAGCCAUCUUCUCUCAAUGUGCCGUCUCCUAAUAAUACAACUGAGAAGCUUCAAGCAGUUUCCGCAGAAAAUGUACAGAAAGAAGAGUAUCCUCUAAGACCCUCCACAUUCAAUUCAAGGCAGUCUUCUUUUGCUGCACAGUCCCAUUCACACAAUUUUGUUUUUUCACCUCAUAAUUCAGGAAGACCAAUAGAAGUUCAGAUACCACCAUCUUACUGUUCCACAAAUAUCUGCAGCUGUUGUCAGCAUCAUGGCCAUAUUCAAUAUAGUCCAAUAAAUUCUUGGCAAGGAAUAAAUACAGUAGGCUCUGUUCAAGACCUACAGUCUGAAGCCCUUCAGAAGCAUUCAUUGUUUAACUCAAGUGGAUGUCCCGCUGUAUAUCAUAAAGCAUUCUAUUCUUCAAGUAGUCCUAUAGCCUUCAGACCUCAGGGAGGCAUGGGUGGUUGUUCUUCCCACAUCAAUGCAGAACCAUCACCUGUGACAGGACCUUCACAUACAGACUCACAUAACCCACAUCCAUGUGCAGUGUGUAUGCACACAACCAAGACUGAGUCAGAUAAUGGAAUGAUGGGACUGUCUCCAGAUGCUUAUCGGUUUGUCAUAGAGCAAGACAGACAGCUCAGACUACUUCAGGCACAGAUUCAGCGUUUGCUGGAAGCACAGUCUCUGAAGCCUGGUUCCCCUGAGACAACUAUUGUUGAAGACUCUGUGAAAACUACAAAACAAAUGGAGCUGGUUUCCAUGGAAGCACCGUCUUCCCCUGGCUCACACAUGAGAAAAAGUGUAAGCAUUGCUGUGAGCACAGGUGCUAGCUUAUUUUGCAAUGCGCCAGGUGAUGAUCAAGAUUCUCAACUGAAGCAAGAUGACACCAAGAUUUCCAGUGAGGACAUGAAUUUUUCUGUCAAUAUUAAUGAAGUCACAAGUCUUCCAGGUAGUGCAUCUUCAUUAAGAGCAGUUGAUAUUCCCAGUUUUGAGGAGAGCAACAUUGCUGUGGAAGAAUUUAAUCAGCCAAUUAAUGAAUCCAACAGCUCUUCUUCAGAGGUGAGAAAAGAACCCGAUGUGCCAAUAUUCUUUCCAAAUGCCUUGCUUACAGACAGUAUGAGCAUGUGCUUACAGACUGGGCCAACAGAGGGUGCCAAUAUCAACACUGAAACAUCAGAGAAGCCAAAAAUUGAGCAAGUAGUACAAUCCUUGUCUCAUCAACCAUCAGAUAACCAGAAAAUCUACCAGGAUUUAUUGGGUCAAGUGAACCAUCUAUUAAGUAACUCCUCCAAAGAAACUGAACAGUCAUCUGCUAAAGCAGUACUUAUCAGCCAUGAAUGUACCAGAACCCAAAAUGUUUACCAUACAAAGAAAAAAAAGCACAAUUCAGGACUGGUGGACAAAGAUUGUGUUCUAAAUGCAACUCUUAAGCAACUAAGAAACCUGGGAGUAAAAAUUGAUUCUCCCACUAAAGUCAAGAAAAAUGCACAUAAAGUUGAUCAUGCCAGUGUGUUGGCAUGCAUCAGCCCAGAAGCAGUAAUCUCUGGAUUAAACUACAUGUCAUUUGCUAAUGUUGGCAUGAGUGGUUUAAACCCCACUGGUGUGGAUUUGAGCAUGGAGGCAAAUGCUAUAGCUCUGAAAUAUUUAAAUGAAAAUCAGCUAUCACAACUGUCUCUCACUCGAUCAAACCAAAAUAAUUGUGACUCAUCUUUUAGCCUUCUACAUAUUAAUACAGACAAAAGCACAGUGGGACUUAGCUUGAUUUCACCAAGCAACAUGUCAUUUGCAACCAAAAAAUACAUGAAGAGAUAUGGACUCAUACAAAGUAGUGACAAUAGUGGAGAUGAAGAGGAUCCUCCCAACUCUGCAGAUAGUCAGAGUAACCAUUCAUUGAAUCAGAACCCUACUUCCACACCUGCACAAGUUGGUCAUCAGAAAGAGCCUUCUAGGAAUGCCUGUGAAACAACUAAUUGCUAUAACUGUGAAUCUGUGGACACAAACACAGAUGUACCAGUAUUGAGAAAUAUCACAAAUGAAGUUGUGCAGCCUAAAGCUGCACAGCAGUUAAAGGAAAACCCAGCUUUCUUAUUAAAGAACCUCAAGCCAAGUCCUGCAGUGAACCUACGACCUGGAAAAGCCGAGUUUACUCAACAUCCUGAGAAAGAAAAUGAAAGGGAUGUCCCAAUUUUUCCUGAAAGUUUGCAACCUUCUGAAACUUUAAGGCAAAUGAAUAGCAUUAACUCAGUAGGUACCUUUUUAGAUGUAAAGCGUCUCAGACAGUUGCCAAAAUUAUUUUAAACCUUUUACUCCCUCCUUUCUGAUAUAAGAACUGGGUGUCUUCUGAAGGUACUUAGGGAAACCAGAGCCUUUUGGUAGUUUUGGGAUUCCUAAUCACUGUAGGAGUCAAUCUCUUUCUUGGUAGCAGUUGAUUACAAAGACCUGAACAAAUGACUCGAUUGUCCGUGAGAUACCUGGCUAAUAGGAAACCAGAUUCUUGUUCAGCAUCACUGGAACUUUUAAAAAAACAAAACGAAAAAACUCCUCUAACAAUGGUUAUUUCAGUAAACUUAGAUUGCAGACGCUAUUCAGCUCUUUCAACUGCUGUUUUUAAAAUUCCAUUUUUCUAGCAUGUUGCAUCUAUGCAUCUACCCAGUAUUAGUAAAAACAUAGUUAACCUGACCCUGACUGAAUUAGCAAAAUUAGCCUUUCUCGAGUUUAGGGGGAAAGUUACAUUUUAAGAUAUUUCAUAUAAGGAGUAUCUUUCUCUUAAGAAGUAUAUUAAACUCUGGAAGUAAAACUUGUGAUCUAGUGGGUUGAUGUUCAACAUAGAGCAUUAGCUAUUAUAAAAUAAGUAUUGAGUAUGAGUGUGUCUUAUAAACCGUGAUUUUUUUCAAAUGUCUUAAUAUUUUUAAAUACAACUUAAUAAAAAUGUCUAGGUUGACGGUUUUCCUU